CGCGAGGGCUGCUCUGUCUCGCGAUAUCUGAGUUGAGCCUGCCGCUGCCUUGGCUACCAGGUUCCUCGGGAGGCUGCGCUUGUAGUUGAGCUACGGAGGCCCGGUUGCCAGGUUACGGGAAAAGAAGAAUUUAUCGAUUUCUUCAAGACCUUCAUUUACACAGUGGUUGAAUCCAAGGCUACCGUGGUGGAACCAUGAAUAAAAAUACGUCUGCUGUAGUAUCAUCCGGUCUACUUGAAAAGGAUCCUGCCUUUCAGAUGAUUACAGUUACCAAGGAAACGGGCCUUGGUCUGAAGAUCCUAGGAGGAAUUAACCGGAAUGAAGGUCCCUUUGUGUAUAUUCAGGAAAUCAUUUCUGGAGGAGAUUGUUAUAAGGAUGGACGUUUGAAACCAGGAGAUCAACUUGUCUCAAUAAACAAGGAAUCUAUGAUUGGAGUAUCAUUUGAAGAAGCAAAAAGCAUAAUUACCAGAGGCAAGUUGAGGUCAGAAUCUGCUUGGGAGAUAGCAUUCAUAAGACAAAAAUAUGAUGGCAGUCAUCCAGAAAAUCCAUCAUGCACAUCCCUUUUACAAACUUCAGGAGAAUAUGAACCUCAAGCCUCAACAUUUAGUCUUCUUUCUUCUUCUGAAAUGCUAAUUCCAAAGCUCUCAUCCACUCCCAAAACUACAGAUGCCAUUUCACCUUCUUUUAAGAUAAAUGAGUUAAAAACUGGAUACAAGAAAACAGAACAGACUCCAAUUACUUCUUCAGACAACAGCCCUACGGAUAUGUCUAAUUUAGCUGUUGCCCCUGCCUCGACUGAUAAUUACGGACCACAAGGAAAGAAGAUUUCUCUAAAUCCCUCCGUUCGCCUUAAGGCAGAGAAACUGGAAAUGGCUCUAAAUUACCUUGGUAUUCAGCCCACAAAGGAACAACACCAAGCCCUGAGACAGCAAGUGCAAGUAGACCCAAAGGGGACAGUGUCUUUUGGAGAUUUUGUCCAGGUUGCCAGAAACCUGUUUUGCUUGCAGUUGGAUGAAGUAAAUGUUGGUGCACAGGAAAUUUCCAACAUAUUAGAUUCACAGCUUCUUCCCUGUGAUUCCUUAGAAGCAGAUGAAAUGGAAAGGCUUAAGCGUGAAAGAAAUGAUGCCUUGGAAGAAGUGAACACACUUAAGGAAAAAUUGUUUGAAUCAGAAAGACAAAGGAAACUAUUGACAGAAGAACUCCAGAAUGUGAAACAAGAAGCCAAAGCUGUAGUUGAAGAAACAAGAGCCUUACGAAGUCGGAUUCAUCUUGCAGAAGCUGCACAGAGACAGGCGCACGGAAUGGAAAUGGACUAUGAAGAAGUGAUCCGUCUGUUAGAGGCCGAGAUUACAGAACUCAAGGCUCAGCUUGCUGGCUAUUCCAACCAAAAUAAAGAAAGUGUUCAGGAGUUAAGAAAGAGAAUCACAGUACUUGACUGCCAAUUACGAAAAUCGGAAAUGGCUCGAAAAACUUUUGAGGCAUCGACUGAAAAGCUUCUUCAUUUUGUAGAGGCUAUUCAAGAAGUAUUUUCUGAUAAUUCUGCUCCUUUAUCAACUUUAAGUGAAAGAAGAGCUGUGUUAGGCUCUCUGACUUCCCUGACGCUGCUGGGGAGGAAUAGCCGGGACGUCCCAGCAGCCCUGGCACUCGAGUCUAAGGAACUCGUCAAAUCCGUUCGUGCCAUACUUGAUAUGGACUGUCUACCUUACGGGUGGGAGGAAGCUUACACAGCAGAUGGAAUCAAGUACUUCAUUAAUCACGUAACACAGACUACAUCCUGGAUCCAUCCCGUGAUGAGUGCUCUGCACCUGUCUUGCUCAGAGGAGAACGAAGAGGAGUGCUCCAGAGAACUGCCUGACCAGAAGAGUUAAUGGUUUUCUGUAGGAAGCUGAGCAUCACGGUCUCCUGGCAUCUCAGUCUACACAGAUGACUGAGACGCGGGGGUCUACCAUAGGAGUAAAACACAUUACUUGGUGAAGUCGUGAAAUGGAGACUCUGGAUUUAGUCUAUUUUUGUAAAACUUUUUAUAUAACUAUAUACAUUUAUAAAAUCAGUUACCACUACAAUAGCUCUUUAAAAAUAAUCUAGUCAUAUUUUUUGAAAUCAUAUAUAAUUUGAUUUUUAUAUUAUGUACAUAUACUUUUCAUAUAUAAUUAGAUAUUUGUAAUUUCAUAUACAGUUCUUUAUAGAUGUGAUACAGUGAUUUUUAUCAUUAAGACAUGUUGGAAAAUCGUGCAGACAUAGUGAAACACUUCAUUUAUUUGAUAAUCCACUAACCUUUUUUAUCUGUCAUAGGAAAGUGAUUUCAGAAAGCUGUGGGGUUUAGGUUUGUUGUUUUUUUUUUUCAAGAUCACAGACAACUAUCUCACAGGCUACUGAAUACAGCCUACAUUUUUAUGGAGCUUUCUAAUUUACAUCAUGAUUUUCAGACCCUGUUUUUAUUUAAACCAUACAGCACGCCUGUGAAGCACAUCCAGUGGGUCAUUUUUCUUCUUGUUUUUCAGUUAGGGAAAGAGUGGUUCAGAGAAAUGAGGCACCUCGUCCCGGAGCUGAGACUCAUACCCAAGUCUUCUGAUCCCAUGCCCAGUGUUCUUUCCUCUGCACCCUGCCGUCCCAGCAGAGGGAGGUCACAGCCCAACACACAGGGCACCUUGGUUCUGUUGAUGCAGCUGAGCCCCACAGCUGUGCUCUCCACUAGCCACAGAGAUUCUGAAGGCACCUCGCAGUCACACAUGGCCCCCGCAUAACCCCACUGUUCUCCUAUAAACCCUUCCCCCUUCUUUACCUCCCAACCCUCACCAGGUAGGAGCAUGGUCUUGUGAUACUUCAACAGGCUUCUUGCAGCAGCUUACAUAUUUUUCAAGGUAAAGGGGCUGGCUCACAUCAGGCCUGCUUAGGUUGCCCUAGCCAGCGGGAGUGUGUGGGGGGAGCUGGGGAGGAGAAGGGCACCCAGCAUCUCCUCUGCUAUCAAAAGAGAGACAUCCUGGACUCUCUUCUGCUGCGAGUUCAAGGCUGACCUCAUUAUUGCUGGUCUCACCCUUCCCACUAAUUAUACAUUUGAUUUGAUUUGAUUCGAUUGUAAGGAUGCUACUAGACAGUUUCUGGCAGGAAUGAGCCAUUAACUUAGAGUGCUCAAGAUUUUCUCUCCGUUUAAUGAUUUAAACCUGGGUCUGGGGAGGGGGAUGGAGGGGGAAAGAAGUCAUUUUAAAUGUCCUGGACAUUAGAUACCAACUGAAUAAUAAGAAGGCACUUAUUCUUAUCCACUGUUAUAUUUUUAGGCACUAUGCUUAGAAAGAAAAUAAGAAUCAUUAGUUAAUCAGGAUACCUGUUCCCAAACCAUACCUGGUAACACUGAGAAGCUACUGUCUGUCACUCUGGCCUAUUCUUUUCUCUUCUCCCUGCUCCCCCUGCCCCAAUAUACCUCUUCCUCCUCUUCUUAUCCUCUCCUUCCUUCUCUUGCUCUCCCUAUCUUCCUCCCCACCUUUGACAUACAAGUAGAAAACAGAAUUCUGAACCUGCAGGUUCUGGAAGGAACCUUGAGGAUCAUCUGAUUCAGUGAUGUUCAAACCUUUUUUGGUGAAAAAAGACUUUUUUUUUUCUUCAAAUGAAUUCUUAUACAGAAUCCCAAUAUAUGUAACAGAUUUUUUUUAAAUAUUGCUGCUCUGCUUGAAGCAAGAUGGAGUCCCAGAACGUCUGUGCAAACCCGGAGCUCCAUAGAAUAUCGUGUAAGAAUCACCAGUCCUAAGAGUUUGCACAGCAAGUUACCGGUAGUGGCCAGGUCAGGAGCAGACAUAGAUCCUAAGGCUCCCACUAUACUAAAUUUCAUAUGGCGUAUACUAUAGAUGUGUAUUGUAAAUAUAUCUAUACCUGUGAUGAUGAAUAUAUGUAGGAUUCAUAAUGUAUGUCUUGAAGGUCACAUCCACGCUGAUAGGUAGUCAGUAGCCAUGAGAAAAGUUUCAGAAUGGCUGGAGAAGACUUGUGUUUCACCUGACAGCUAUUGGAAUAUUAGGAAGCUGCAGGGAGACAAGUUUUGAGAGAAGCCCGUGAUGGAGCUCUUUCCUUGUGUCCGCCAGAGGUAGUGAGCUUCUCAAACACCUGAAGUUACUUUCAUAAAUUAGUAAUCUAUAAUUGUGAAAGUGCAGUUUUUGUUGUUGCCAAAUUAAUGGUGUGAAAUCUCUCUCCAGCUUCUGGGAGUGUUUCUCUAAUUUGUUUCCAGUGAGGAAACACAGAGGAGAUGCUAGAGUCGCCUGAGAUCAAGGCCCUCAGGCACCCAUUUCCCUGACAGACACCUCAUAUGUUACCUUUGCUGUUUUGUGCCACCUUCCUCCCUGCUUCUGGCAAACACUGAAUGGAAAAGGCCUAUAAGAGUUGUACUAUUAUUUAUUAAGCAUUUUGUGCCAUACCUUGGGAUUGGCAGUUUGCAUAUAUUAGUUCAUUAUCUUCUUAAAACACCCCAUGAGGUAGGACCUAUCCUCACCUUAUUUUGUAAAGAAGAAAACUUAGGUUUAGAGAGAUUGCUAACUUUUGCCUGACAGCCAUACAGCACUUAGGCGUAGAAGCUGGGGUUUAAGGCAUGUUCUGUGCAGAGCUGCUUAGCUUUCGUGGUGCAUAAUGCUUGGGGCAGAGAUGGGUCAGUUUUAGAAAGAGGCAGGUCCCGGUUCAGUGCAAUAAGGAACUUUCUGGUAGUUAGUGCUCGGGGAAAAAAAUUCCCCAGGAAAAGUGGACACGUUGUCCCAGGGGUGUUCAGUCACUCUGAACUCCUUACUGUGGCAGUGUGACUGAGGAGGUUCAGGCUCGGAAGUGGCUGGACCUUUGAGCAUUCUCUGAGAUCCCCUCCUCUUUAUGCUUCUGUGACCUCCAGACCAACAGAUAAGUGCCCUGAGAGCUGCGCAAAGAAACAUGUGGUGGGGACUCAUUAAGAAUCUUUUUUCAUUGCCAACAGAACCCCACAUUGUUUUUUGGUGCGUUGACAUUUACAUAGCCAGCCUUUCUUUCAUAUAAAUCAACCGUAUCGGUGUGGUCAUUGUAAACUCUUCUCCGUUGACCUGCUGACUCAGAUUUUAGGGUUAGAACAUCUCGAUGUCCUUGUGUCCUCCCAUCUCACUUUACUAGAGUGACCAGGCUUAGCCAUCCUUAUUCAUUCUCAGAAUACUUCCUGAGCUCCAACAAUGUGCCAAAUAAACACUGUAUUAGGUACUAGGGUGAAAUACGGCAGGUAGCCAGCCACUUCCUGGGCUUUGCUUGCUGUUAGUUAAAAAGUAGAAAGCUUCUCAGGUGGCCAGAAUUGAGCAGCUUCUCUUUAAGUUUUUGAAUUUUAAAAAUCUAUUUCCAUUUUAAAAAAAACAAAUAGGAUAAAAUUGAAUAAAGUGAGGGGGGAAAAAAAGCCCAUCUCACUUUCCAGACGUAAUAUCAUCACUAAUAUUUGAUAAAUAUUUUUACUCAAAGGAAAUCAGCUUUCUUUUGACUUAAUGUAUUGUGAUUACGUUUUAUGUGAAUACAUAGAUCAAUGUUAUAUUUCAAAUGUCUGCAUAAAUUUGUAUAGCCAGCAAUCUAUUAAUGAAUGUUUAGGCUGUUUUAAGUUUUCUUCUGUUACUAACAAUGUCUCAGUGAACAUUCUUAUAUUUAUAUUCUUAUAGCAUUAAAUCCUUUUCCUCAUAUAUCGAUGCACUCUUGUACCAAUAUGUGUAGACUGGGAAUACAUUCAUAAAAGUAAAUUGCUAUGUCAAAGGUAUGUUUAUUUUAAUUUUGGUAGAUAUUCAUAAAUUUUGCUCCAUAAAAAUAGAACCAAUUUACACUACCACUAAUAGUCUAUGAGAGCUUCUUUUCUCUUUAUUACAGGACUUUCUUUGGUCCUUAGACUGCCAAUAACUUUUCUGAUUGUUUUUGUCCUUAGAAGAGUAGCCUUCUUUCCAUCAUUGCCUAAAGACCUCAACUUUGUCAUUGUUAGGUUUUAGUUGUCUUUUCGCAGAGACUGACUCGCCUUGUAGAGGGGAAUCUAGCAUUGACUAAGUCACUGUAUGUGGAACACGUCAUUACUCUCAGCUUUUAACCUGAAAAUAUUUACCUUUCCCACUUUAUACAUAAUGGUGAUAAAAACCAACUCUUAAGUGAGCUCACUUGGGCCAGAGCCCUUGGAAAAGUGCAAAGCACAAUACAAACACACCUGCAUGUUCUUUGAGUCUCAGUCUCCCCAUCAUAUAAGAAUGAUUUUAAUCCCCUGCGUCUUCCCAAACCAGUUCACCUCAGCAUCCAUUUCCUGAGCACCUGCUAAAUGCCUGACAAGACGCCAGGUCUGGAAGUUACUAUGCUGACUAGUACAAUUGCCUAGUACUAGUCAAGAAGCUCAUAAUCUGGGUGGCUGGUUAGCUCAGUUGGUUAGAUCAUGGUGCUGAUAACACCAAGAUUGCCUGUUUGAUCCCCGCACGGGCCACUGUGAGCUGUGUCUUCCUUUAAAAAAAAAAAAAGCAGCAGCAACUCAAAAUCUAAAACCUUUUCCCUGUCUUUUUUUCCCAAAAACCUUCUAUUUUUCCUUAAGAGUAAGAAGUUAGGGUUUGUUUAAUAAGAACCCCUGAAGAGAGCCCUUUAUCACUCUCUUAAAUUUGAAUAAUUGUAAAAUAAUAUUAACAACACCCCUUGACCAGGAAUAAAAGACACUGUAUGAAGGGCCGCUCCAAUAAUAAAUGCAAAGCAGCUGUAAAAAUAUAGAGUCAAAUGAUACUUUCAUAAAGUGCUUUCAAAAUUAGAAAAUAUUAUUCUUUAUCUAGGGGGAAAUGGGACAUUUUUAUUUUCUCUGCUAAGUGCAAUGCAAUUUCUUCAAAGGUCAACUUGAAUUGUACACUAUAUACGAGAACAGAAAGAACGGAACUCACGCCCUCCACUGCAUAUAACUUUUGAGAAGAGAAAAAGAACUUGAAACAGAAUAUGCCUGUGGAGCUUAACUUUAGAAAUAAAAUACCCAAAGUGUUUAUCUGUAACCAUCCACAUGUAAUACCAUUGUGCCUACAUGGUGAUUGUGUAAAUAUUAAACGCAAUUCUGUACUUGUUU